ACCUAACUCAAGGCGGGCAUUCACUGCUUGACAAGUGCGCGUCUUGGGAAGAUCCGCAUGGUAUCGUUUUUCCGCCGCAACUAUUGCAUGGAACCUUGCCAAAGUGUUCUUGCGCCCGUCGUUAGGAUUUAUAGUGUAAAUGUAAACGUACAAGUGCGUCCUCAAAGUGUUAACCAGUGAAUCUCGCCGCUGUAGUCGCUAGUCGCCCCCCAAGGUCUUCAAAGAAAAUGGACGCUGUCAGCAACGGGUCCUUGCAGCCAGAUCUGAAGCGAAGACGCAGCGACGCCGAAGACCAAAGCGAGGAAACGCUCCAGUUGAGGACGAAACAUGACAACGAAUACUUCAAGUGCUACGCCGGACUGGACAUUCACAGAGAGAUGAUCGGUGAUUUUGCGAGGACGUUCACGUAUAGGAAGGCAAUAUUGAAUAACUACAACUGCAUCUAUCAGCGAUCGGUCUUGGACUUGGGAGCCGGCACAGGUAUCCUUAGCAUGUUCUGCGCUCAAGCGGGAGCCAGAAAAGUGUAUGCCGUUGAGGCCAGCGGCGUGGCCGAGGUAGCUAAGAAGGUUGUGUCGUCAAACAAAGUUGAAGACCAAGUGGUGGUUAUUCAGAGCAAGGUUGAGGAAGCAACACUGCCUGAGAAAGUUGAUGUUAUUGUCAGCGAAUGGAUGGGUUACAUGCUCCUCUACGAGUCCAUGCUUCAGUCGGUAAUAUUUGCGAGAGACAAGUGGCUUAACAAGGAUGGGGUUCUCCUUCCAGAAAAAGCUCGCAUGUUCAUUGCUCCUCUCACCGAUCCAGACGAAGGUUUUGAAAGGAUCGAAUUCUGGAAAAUGGUCAAGGACAACUUUCAUGUGGACAUGUCCUGCGUGACCGAGUUUGCAAAGGCGGAGAUGUACAAACACAUUACUGUGAAAACUGUAGAUGCAGAGAAUGUGAUCUCAAGAGGUACGUGCUUUCUUGAGCUGGACCUCUAUACUGUCAAGUCUGAAGAUCUACAGUGCAUCAAAGAAAACUUCAUGUGUUGUUGUUACGGCCACGGCAGGGUCCAUGCCUUCGUCAUUUGGUUUUCAGUGGAAUUUCCUCGGGAUGUCAUUCUUUCGACGUCACCGUACGACUCAGAGACGCAUUGGCAGCAAACAGUUCUCUACAUAAACCCUGUCGACGUCAAGCAAGACUCGGAGAUACGAGGGUCCGUCACCAUCAACCCAAGUGCUGACCACCAUCGAAUGUUGGACGUGGAGCUGGCCUUCACCGUGGACGGCAGGCAGGCACGAAAACAGCUGUACCGAAUGAGCGAGUGCGGUCCUUGAGUGCCGAAACUUUUUAAUCUCCUCUGGCCUUUUAUUUCUUGCCAGUGACGUUUCACCAUGUGUAUUUAUUUGACAUGGCAUGUACAAAGGUAUACAAAAACCCCUUCAAGUCAGAGAAAUAAACCCAUAAUACAUUCUACAUUUCAUCAAAU